AUGCCCACAGAAUCUGGAGCGGCCAAUGCUACAAGUGAAGCAGCCACGCUACCAAUCCAGCCCGUGAUCACACCUGGACUCGGCAUUGCGGGUGUCAUCCUAAUGGCAACUGGAAUCGCACUGGCUCUUGUCGGCAUUAAGCACCAAUGGCUUCAUGUCUUCCUGAGUACUGCUUUACUCACUGCGCUGGCGGUGACAGUGCUCAUCGUCUAUGUCAUGAAUCCGCCCGUCCCCAACGCUAUUCAAGGAGCAUAUGUGGUCGCCGCUGUCAUGACUGGUCUGAUAUUUGGUUCGCUAGCCCUGGUCUUCAAAGAAGUGGCUGAAGGUCUUGGCUGUCUACUAGGUGGCUUCUGCUUGUCAAUGUGGUUCCUUACGCUCGCCCCCGGUGGCCUCGUUUCCUCCACGAGUGGAAGGGCGAUCAUGAUCGCGGUCUUUUGCCUUGCUUUCCUUGGCCUUUACUUUAGCUAUUAUACACGAACUUACGGCCUUAUAUUCUGCACCGCAUUCGCCGGAGCUCAGAUUUCGAUCAUUGGCAUCGAUUGCUUCAGCCGAGCUGGACUCAAGGAAUUCUGGAUGUACAUUUGGAAUCUUAACAAGAAUGUCUUUCCUCUUAACACAAACACGUACCCGAUCACUCGUGGCAUACGAGUCGAACUGGCAUGCACCAUCAUAAUCUGCCUCUUUGGUGUGAUGUCACAAUUUAAGAUCUGGAAAAUCGUCAAGGAGCAGCGAGAGAAGAAGGACGCAGCUCGUCUGCAAGCCGAGGAGCAACGUGCUCAAGAAGAAUCUGAAGUCGGACGAGACAUUGAGGCGAGCAACGGCAAAGAGCUCAAGCAGUGGGAAGCUGUCUAUGGCGACAAGAAUGCCUCCACUCUCCAUAUCGAUUCUGGAGUUGGUUCAUCGAUUGCAAGCGGCCCUCGUAAGCAGUCUACAACGAUCAGCGAGCGACAGAUAGAUGAGAUUGAGAUGGAUCCAGUACCACGAUCUGCAUCCAAGCGUACGACUGUGCAGAGCGGCGUGCCUGCGGUAGUGCUCGAGGAUGCGUCAGAGAGGGCAGAUAGCCCAGUGCUAGGGUUGGAGUCUGUCGAGAAUUUGCUAAGCAAACAUGAUGGCACAGUGGAUGAUUCUGAGGAUGGCUCCCGGACUCCGUCAGCAAGACAGUCACUCGAGGAACCGCCUGCUGCCCAGGAGGGACCCGCUAAUGAAGAAGAUGAUGACGACGACGACCGGGCAUCUUCUGUCGCUGCUGUCGACGAUGCCGCGUCGAGGAAGCAUCUUUCUAUGCCGAACUCUAUCUACAUCCGGGACCACGACCACGAGCUGACCGUCCCGGUACCUCCUCUUCCUCGAGAUCGCUCGCCAGACCCUAGGCGUUCCGUCGUGGAGCUGCCGGUCAACGAAGAGGACGAUGAGGCUAUCGUAAGGUCACCGACAUCCCUUGAUGAGCAUCCUCUGCCAACUGUAACCGCUCUGAAGCCGCAACGACGAAGAUCGGUCGAAGAGUCGAGCAGCAGCGCCCUACCUGGGCGUAGGCUGUCGGAUGGCGGUGCAGACGACAUCACUGUCAGUGGAAACCUGACGGAUCACCUUCCCGGAAAGCUCUCAAAGGUCGCCAUGACUUAUCGGACGAACGAAUGGGCGAAGCACAUUGCAGAUGCUGACGAGCCAGUCGCACCAGAGACGGAGUUGGGUAGCCAAUCGCCAGGGAUUCAGGUGGACACCGCUUUUGCUGAGGAGGCUGCCAAACCAGUGGACGUCGAGGCACUGACACCAGCAUCACCAGUGAUGGUCCGCAAUACUUCGCAAAGCUCGAGCAAGAACCCAUAUCGCGAGAGUAUCCAAGCCACGCCAAAGCCACUAGCGAGGACAAGUAGCGGCGCAGCGACCCCUAUCUACGCUUUCCGAAGCGGCUCAUCAAUGUCGCUGAAUAGAGGAAGCAGUGGCAAUACUAAUCAAGUCAUGCGAAGCAGCUCAGCUAUGACCCUGAACAGGCAGAACAGCAGCAACAGCAUGUCCGCCAAACCAAGAGCAUCCGUACAAGGUCUGCGAAACGUCUUUGCGCCACUCACAAGCCAGCCAUUGAUCGAGUCGCCUAUGGAGGAAGACCAACUUGAAGAUGCGGCAGAUCCUGGUCCUUCUCGUGUCCUACAUUCCGCCAUGAGUAUGGCCAGCAUGAGUAACCUGAUGGGCGAGCGCCAGACACGUCUCAAGAGGAAGCCAACAAGCACAAACUUCAACGUUCUUGCCGCGCAGCUCACCGCAGGCGAUAGCGGCAACACAGACAGCCUAGACGCACGAAACGAGACCGUCUAUAGUCCCGGCUCAGAACGUCAGCAAUUCGUCGCGGAGGAGGACAUGACCCUCGCAGAACGCAAAGCCGUGAUACAACAACGCGAAACAAUGCAAUCCCCGACCUUCCGCGACCAGUCCUCCAGCCGCCAAAGCGCCCGGUCCCUCGGAACCUCCUCACCCAUCGCCCCAGCAGAAACAAACCACAGCACCCUAAUCUACGACUCCCACCAACCCAAACGCACUAACACGGUCGACAAAGCCCACCAAGCCAAUAUGCUCACCCAAUGGCGCGCUUCCAUCCAACAGGAAACUGCGGCCAAACAACCUCUGGUUGAGAAUCAUGCAGCGCGGCAGGCGAUGUUGAAUCAGAGGCAGAUGGCGGAGUUCCAGUUACAGAACAGGCAGGCGGAGAGGAAGAGGCGGGAGAGUGCUGUUGAUGUUGCUAUGAGGACGGGGCAGUUGCAUGGGGCGCAUAGGGAUGCUUUGAGGAGGAUGCAGGCCAAGGCUAGGGAGUCGACGCAGUGA